AUGGAGUACGACACAUUUUCAGCGACGCAAUAUAACACCAGUGAUCCCACAUCGUUUGCGCAUACGUCUGCGCGCGAGCGAUGGCCCAUCAUCAUUACCCAGGGCAUCGACGACGUGCACCGCUCACUACACCAUGCCAAGGAUGAAAGUGCCAUCAGCGAAGGAAAGGCCAUCGUCGCCGAGCUGGCCAAGCUAAAGUACGAGCUUCAGCACGACCGCGAGCUCACGCCUAUCCCUGACGACGGCGAGCCGGACGUCGAGGCGUACAACAAGGAAUUGGAGGCGAGAGAGAAACCCAAAUGGCAUAAUAAGAUGUCGACCUUCAAAGUCUCUCGGCCGCUGUUGUUGAACUCCGCUGCGCGCUACAAGGAUAUCGUCACCGAACUUGAGCAGAAGAAGACAAUCAAGGGUGCCGAGACACAAGAGCAACUCGAAGCAGCCGAAAAGCUUCUGUUCACUGAAAUGUGUGAGAUUUGUCUAUGGGGAAAUGCCACUGAUCUUUCCCUCUUGACCAACCUCUCCUACGAGGACAUUCAAAAGCUGCAAGGCUCACAAGCGCGCAAAGACUCAGAGAAGAAUAUCUUGGUGAACGAUCUUGACAAGGCAUUCAGCUUGCUCAGCUCAGCACAAAAAGAAGGGAAAAAGGAGCGACGUGUGGAUAUCGUGCUGGACAAUGCCGGCUUUGAGCUGUUCGUCGAUCUCAUACUGGCCGGCUACCUCAUCGCCUCGGGUCUCGCCACCAAUGUCGUCUUCCACCCCAAGUCAAUACCCUGGUUUGUGUCAGAUGUGCUGCCAGCCGACUUUGGCGCCCUUCUCUCUGCAUUAGCCGAUCCGCAAACCUUUUAUGGAGCUGUAUCCGACGACGAGAAAUAUGCGGGAAAGCAACCGGUGCCCCUGUCAGAAGUAGAAAGCGCUAAUCUGCAAUUUUUGUUUCAGAGCUGGAGUACUAUGCACGCCGAGGGUCAACUAACGCUUCGGCCUAACGACUUCUGGACAGCUGGUGGCAGUUAUUGGCGUUUGCCCAAGGCAGAGCCAGAACUGUAUGCCGACUUGAAGGAGAGCGAGCUGGUCAUCUUCAAGGGUGAUUUGAACUACCGAAAGCUGACAGCUGAUGCAAGUCUAAUUCCCGCUGCUUGGCCGGCUACUACGCCUUUCACUGAAGCUAUCGGGCCCAUGGGCCCUGGCUCUGGUCUCCGCGUUCUGGCCCUACGUACCUGCAAAGCCGACGUCGUGGUCGGCUUACCUGAAGGCGUAGAUGAACAGAUCAAAGCAACAGAGGGUGGCGGUAGUGAAAGUGGUGCGAGAAAGUGGGCAUGGAGUGGCAAAUGGGCCGUGGUCCAGUUUUCUGACGGGAAAGCUUGA